AUGCGCGCACUUCUGCGCCCUUCCCGGCGACAGUGUCAUCAUCAUCAGCACAUGCUUUUCCUUUACCUGCGUCGUAAUCGUCGUCUUCAAACCUCGUCGGUCUCUUUUGAUGAGAAAACAAAUCGAACCUUUUGGGAGGAAAAAAAUCAUCAUCGUCAACUGUACGCUCAACUUCCGGAACGCAUCAAACGAGCAGUUUUGGCGCAAAUCCCUCGAGAUUUAUUAGCAUCAUCGAAGACGAAUAAGAAAACAGUCGUGGCGGUCGCACUUUCCGGAGGCGUGGACUCUUUCGUCAGCGCGUGGUUGUUGAAGAACGCGUUACAAGCAGCAGCAGUGGGAGAAAAAGGAGAAAAUAUCAAACUGAAAGCAAUCUUGAUGAAAAACUGGGACGAGCGCGAGGAGACGAACAGCGAAUGCCUAUUCGACGCCGACCGACGGUCGGCAAAGAAAUUGGCGAAAUAUUUAUCUAUGGACUUGUACGAGGUGGAUUUCUGUCGCGAGUAUUGGCAGUCGGUGUUUUCGCCGUUUACGGAGAGCGUGGAGAGAGGCGAAACGCCGAACCCGGACGUGUGGUGUAAUCGAGAGAUUAAGUUUGGGAAACUGUUAGAAUACGUGAAAGAGGAAGAAAUUGGGGCGAAGUAUUUAGUGACUGGACACUACGCGGAGAUUUGGAGGGAGUACGGUGACGACAAUAUCGAGCAAUCGUCGUCGUCGUCGUCGUCGUUGAAAAGAAUCGAGUUGCGUCGAUCGAAGGACGAGACGAAAGACCAGACGUAUUUUUUAGCCUCGGUGCCGUCAAAGGCGUUAGAAAGCGUGAUUUUCCCGCUUGCGAAGUUGAGAAAAGCAGAAGACGUGAUCGAGUUGAUUGCACGGGAUCUUUUAGGGAACGUGGCGAACGUGUUGGACAGAAAAUCGUCAGCCGGAAUUUGCUUCGUCGGGAAGAAGAGGAACUUUUCGGAUUUCGUGCACGAGUACGUCCAAAGAGAUCCGGCGUGGUUCGUGGACGUUGAAUGUAUAACAGAAGAAAAUUCGUCAUUAAUCGAGAAGAACAGUAUUGGUUGUAGCAGUAAUAGCAGUCGUAGUAGUAGCAGUCGUAGUAGUAGCAGCAGCGGCAUCAGCAGCGGCGGUAGCGAAAGAGGUGGCCUCGAAGGAAAGGGCGAUUCUAACACCAUCGACGAGAAGUACAUCUUGGGGGAGUGCGAGAGCGUGCACUCCGUGACCGCGGGCCAACGCGCGCGCAUUGGCGGUCUUCCCAAACCGUACUUUGUCGUUGGAAAGAGCACAGAAGAGAAAGGAUCGUCCAAAGUGUACGUGUGCGAAGGCGGCGACCACCCGGCUUUACUCACAAAUUGGUGCGUCAUAAAGGACAUCCGCUUUGUCCACGAGGACGACACAGACGCCCUCAACUCGUCGCAACAAGUCCGCGUGAAAACGCGCUACGCCUCCCCCCUCGUCCCUGCGACGAUAGGAAUACCACCACCACCGUCUAACGCGGCCUCGUCGUCGUCGCGACAACAACAACAACAACAAAAAGUGUCUCUCUUCUGCCGCUCGGCGUACGAGAAAGCGACGACAACGCCAUCGCCAUCAUCGCCAUCAACAACAGCAAAGUCUUCUUCUCCUUCUUCUUCUUCUCCACCUCUCCUCCAAAUCACCUUCGCGAGUCCUGAAAAAGCCGUCUCUAUCGGCCAAGCCGUCGUUAUGUAUCACCACUCAACCUCUCGCGUCCUCGGCGUCGGCUCCGUCGCCUACCACGGACGCACCGUCUUCGAAGAAGAAAAAGAAGAAGAACAACAACGCAGACAAAAAAGACAAAGUGAGAAAAAAAACGACGACGACAAAGAGUCGUAA